AUGUCGUCUCUCGAGUGCGGAGUUCCGUUACGUAAAGUUCCAUCAUCAUCGAAUCAAAGAACGAUAUUCUCGGCCGCGAAAGAUGCUUUGUUCGGUGGUGAUAAGAAGAACAACGCGUCCUCUUCCUCCUCUUUAUCCUCGGACGAGAAGAAGGAUAAAAAAGACGACGAAGAUUCCUCCUCGUUGUUAAAACGUAAAUUCUCGUCUCGGAAAAUAGUUCGAGACGUGGCGCCUGCUGAACUCUUCGCCAUUGUCGCGGACGUGAAUAAAUAUCACGAGUUCUUACCGUUCUGCAGACGAUCGAAAGUGACGCAUGAAAUAGAUAAAGACCGAUUCGAGGCGGAACUUGAGAUUGGAUUUAAAGUGUUCAACGAAAGGUACACGUCAAGAGUGACAUUGGACCGGCCGAGGAAAGUCACGGCGGAAGAUAAGUCGAACGAGGAAGACGGCGGCGGGGCCUUGUUCGAGAAGAUGAAAACGGUGUGGAGGUUUCGAGAGUUGGAAGAGGAAGAGGAGGAAGACGUGAACGACGUGGAGAGCAGAAAAGAGAAUGAAGAAAAGCUGACGAGACAAAAGAAAAACGUCUCCACGGUCGUGGACUUUGAGAUUGCGUUCAAAGUGAAGAGUUCGGCGCACGCGGCGGCGCUGAGCGUAUUCUUCGAGGACGUGGCGAACACGCAAAUUCAAGCGUUCGAGAAGAGGUGCAGAAGUUUGAUGAGUUUGCCGAGUGCCGAGUAG